UAGCCCAGAGUCUGAAAUACACAGAGCUGGUUGGAUAGUGGGACAGGUUAUAGACUUGUAAUAGCGACGUUGCUAGCUAUUACAAUUCUGCCCAGAGGAAUAAUCAACAAUUUACAGAAUUCUAGCUAGCAUAGCUAUGUAGCAAGUGGAUAUGAUAUUUCGACGCGACAAAUUACUGCGCUAGCUACAUUUCUGCCUCCUAAAAAUACGGACUGUUUCCCGUUUUGAGACAGAGGAGAGGGUUGGUUUCGACUCUGGGCCAGUUUGUUUUAUUUCUACAUAACGUUAGGGUUAUGAUGAAUGGCUGAUAAAUGUUGCCGAAAGCUGACAGCAGCAGUUUCGCCUUUCUCUCUCUUCUCUUCGCCUUGACUCUGACAGACCCACCACGGACAGGUCCAAGGCUAGCUCUGGCACGAUUGCUGUCAGAGCUGCGGUGUAACCCGGGGCAGUUCGCAUGCCGCAGCGGGAAGAUGCAGUGCAUCCCCAUGUCCUGGCAGUGCGACGGCUGGACCGCCUGCGAAGACAAGAGCGACGAGAUGGACUGCCCCCCCAUGAAGGAGGAGAGGUUUCACUACGGCAACGGCUUUGAUCAGGUGGAGGACAUCAUGGGUGUGGCUCAGCCUGUGCGCUUCAACAAGAAGUGCCCCACUGGGUGGCAUCACUACGAGAAGACGGCCAGCUGCUACAAGGUGUACCUGAACAACGAGGACUACUGGCAGGCGGUGGAGACGUGCCAGAGGGUCAACGGCUCCCUGGCCACCUUCGUCACCAACGAGGAGCUCCAGUUCAUCCUGAAGAUCGAGGUGGACUUUGACGAGAAAGUGUGCGAGCGCAAAGACCAGUGCAAGUUCUGGGUUGGCUAUCAGUACGUUAUAACCAAUCAGAACCAUUCCCUGGAAGGCAGGUGGGAGGUGGCCUAUAAAGGAUCCAUGCAGGUGUUCCUGCCCCCGGAGGGCCUGACGAACUUCGGGGAAGCCAUGCCCACCCAGGAGAACGUCUUCUGCGCUCAGCUGCAGCGAUUUCAGAUUAAGACCAUGAACGAGCGCGGCCUUCACAGCUGGCACGCAGAGAACUGCUACAAGAAGUUUCCCUUCCUCUGCAAAAGAAGGCAGACAUGCGUGGACAUCAAGGACAACGUGGUGAACGAGGGGUACUACUUCACCCCGAAGGGCGACGACCCCUGCCUGAGCUGCACGUGCCACGACGGCGAGCCGGAGAUGUGCGUGGCGGCGCUGUGCGAGAGGCCGCAGGGGUGCCAGCACUUCCGCAAGGACCCCAAAGAGUGCUGCAAGUUCACCUGCCUGGACCCAGAUGGGAACACCCUGUUUGACUCCAUGGCCAGUGGGAUGCGUCUGAUCGUCAGCUGCAUCUCUUCCUUCCUCAUCCUGUCGCUGCUGCUGUUCAUGGUGCACCGGCUGAGGCAGCGGCGGCGCGAGCGCAUCGAGACCCUCAUCGGCGGCAACCUGCACCACUUCAACCUGGGCCGCAGGGUGCCCGGGUUCGACUACGGGCCGGACGGAUUCGGCACGGGCCUGACCCCCCUGCACCUGUCCGAUGACGGAGAAGGCGGAGCGUUCCAUUUCCACGAGCCCCCUCCUCCCUACGCCGCCUACAAGUACCCAGAUAUCCACCACCCCGACGACCCUCCGCCCCCAUACGAGGCCUCUAUCAACCCAGACACCAUCCUCUAUGUGGACUUAGGAAGGAACAGCUCUCUGACGACAGACAGCGGCCAGCCGGUCACGCAGGAGGGCGGCCCCCCCCAGCAGCCGGUCCCGGAGGAGGAAGAGGAUGAGGAGGAUGAGGAGGAAGAGGAGGCCCCGCUGGAGCAGUCCUCGGUGGAGCACGAAGACUCCAUCGACAGUACCACGCUCCUGGUGGCCCCGGACACGCCCACCGACAGCACCAUGACAGAGACUACUGUGGCAGGCUGCACCAGCAGCUCCUCACUCAGCACCAUUGUAUAGAGCAAACACGGGCGGCGUGGGGGAGGAGAAGUUACACAGCGUGCUUUUUUCUUUCUUUUUUUUUUUUUAACAGUCCAACAGGAAAAAAAAAAAAGUGGGAGGAGCUGCUGGCACUACGCUGUACACUAGACAAGUUUAAAGAAGCUUUGGUUUAAAAAAAAAAAAAAAAA